AUGGCGCAAGGUGAUCUUUUUUUUUGGACUGGAUAAGAUUAAAAUUUUUUAUUUUUACUCGGAAAAAAAUCAAUCAACGUGCUGGGAAAAUUUUUAGUGGCCAUUAUAGUAGUCAAAUUAGUAGCCACUUAAGGGGUUGAACAUUAGUGGCCACUAUGGAGGUCUAACUGCUACUACUAGACCACUAAAAACUUUAGUGGCCACUUUAGGGGUCAAUGGAUCAACAUAACAGGUCCAAUCUGUUUGUUUUAAUAUUAUCAGAGUUACUGGAAGGAAUACUGGAUGAAAAACUACUGAAGUGGCCACUAAAAGAGAAAAUAGUGGCCACUAUAGAGGUGGGUUUAGUGACCACUUUAGUGUCCUUGUAGUCCUUGGCGAGCCUCUAUAGUGGCCACUAAACAUUUUCUCAUUGUAGUGUGCUUGGAAGAAGUAAAAUCAGAAAGCAAAAAAAAAAAUCAAAAAAAUCCGCAUUUAAAACUAUUUUUAUAAUUGAUUUCACUUUACUGUAGCUCAAAAACAAAAUGAGAGUUCUACAGUUUUUUUGGCUUGAAAAAAAUAGUUCAAUUUCCUAGAAAACGGAAUAUUUUUUUACAUUUUCAAGUUAUCUGAACGCUGUCAAUUUUUGAAAAAAAUUCUGGAGUUCGAAAAAAAGCGAUUUGUUAAUAUAUCUUAAUUUUUUUAAGCGUUAUUCGAAACUCCUUGCACGUUCUUGAACUACCAGAAAAAGACUGGAAAAAUUUUUUUUUCUUAAAAAAACGAAAAAUAAAAGUAUAAUUAAGAGAAAAAGAUGUGUUAAAACUACUAACACGUAAGUUAACAGUAAGGAAGUUCCAUUUUUUUCGAUUUUUUUGAAUCGUCCAUUUGAAGAGAUUUUUGAUUGGACAGAACACUUAUCAUUUCAUAAAAAAAAGAAAUUUGUUGAAAUACGAAGGUUCAAAAUUUUGAAAAAAAUUCAAUUUUUCAUCAAGAAAGAAGGGCUCAAAAAUAGUCCAUUUGAAGAAAUUUCGAUCAUUUUCUUUAAGCUUGAAAUUUUCUCGUAAAAUUGAAUUGUUUGAAGAUUUCUGGUAUAUUUUAAAACUUGCUAAUUUUUCGAAUUUCGAAAAAAAAUUAUAAAAACCUUUUAAGAACAUCCUAAAGAAACUGGGUCGCCUUUGGAAACGUUCGAGGCCAGAAAAGAGGAUUGGGUCGAGGAUAUGCUUUUCUUUCAUGGGUUGGUUUUCUGGGGAAAGAAAGAAAAAGUGUUUAUUUUCAGGUACCUAGGUUUCGUGGACUGUUUCGAGCGGAUCAUAUAUGCCGGAGAUUGGUUGAUUCGUUAUGCUGACGGUUUUUUUUCGAGAAAAAUCGGAAAAAUGUCAAAAAUCUCGUUUUGAAAGGAAUUUCGCAAAGAUUUUGACCCAAAAGCACUGAAAAUUCGACGAUUUGACCCUUUAUUGGAGUCUUUACGCCUUAAGAAGCUAAAAAGAUCCCUUUUGUCCCAUUGAUACAAUGAAAAAGUGAAAAAAAAGCCGGUGUAAAUAUUGGAAUUUUGAAAAAUUUUGCAGAGUUUCUGUACGGAAAUUGGAAAAAAAAAUCGGAGCUUUUAGUCUUCAAAUUGAGUUUUGCGCUUCAAACCAAUCGAAAAUAUUUCCUUUUUCCACUGGGUACAAUAAAUAUUGAAAAAAAAAAUUUAAAAAGUAACAUUUUGAAAAAAUAUUUUUGCAGUUUUUGACUCAAAAAGAAAAAAUUUGAUGUUUCAUGCCUUUUUCUUAGUUUUUUUACGCCAAAAAAAGACAGAAAAAAAAUUUUUUUGUUCUGUUGUGAUUUUUUAACACAAAAAAAUCAACGUUUCCAGUUUCGUGGAAGGUUUAUAAAUCGAUCAUUCUAGUUAUGGCAAUCCAGAUUUCAUUUCAUUCCUUUCAAAAUAAAAAUAAAAUGUUUUUCGAUUCAGAUGUUGAUGGAAAAAGGGUCACAAUUAUUACGAAAGGAUUAAAUGUCACUGAUUUCAACCGCGAAGAGAAGAAAGCCGCACUUUUGGACGUUCCCGGUGAGAUUUUUUUGGGAAUUAUUGGGAUUUCUAAGAGUUCAGGAGACACUAGGAGCCGAAAAAUUUUAUUUUUUUGAACGUUUUUGUAAAUUUGUCAAAAAAUCUACGUUUUAGGCAUGAAAUUUGGUUUUUGAAACUUAACAGGGAUUAAUAUGAAUCUGAAUUUGAAGAAUUUAGCAUAGGAAUCUAGUUUUUUUGAACUCAUUUUUUUCAUAAAUAUUUUUCCAUAAUUUCUAUUUUUCUUUACUUUAGUCAACUGAUUAAUCGAUUUUUAAAUUUUUAAAAAGGGUAUAGGACAAAAGCGCCGAUUCCAAGAGCGCCGUUCAAAUUGAGCGCCAGUCCGCAAUGCGCCGUCGCGUGUAUGCGCCGUGUAUGCAGACGCCGCUUUCUUUUUGCGCCGAGUCCGUUUGCGCCAAACCGUUUUGCGCCGUUAUUUCAAACUUUUAUUUUUUCGCUCUUCUGAUAUUAUUUUUUAAUAAUUGUUUACUACAAAUUCAUAUACGACUCGAAUAAUUUUCGCGCCAUCCGUUAAUGAUGAGUCUUAGGUCUACUUUGGUCCAGGUAAAAUAUUUUUCCCCUUUUUCUUUUUCAAACAAAUAAAAAAGCAAAUAUGAUCUCCUGAUUUCGAAAAAUACAGAAAACAAAAGGAGAAGAGAAUGGAUUUGAAAAAAUUAUUGCUUUAAACGACAUAACGAGUGAUUUUUUUUUUGUGGUCGCAAAUUUUCUGCGUUAGGUAAGGCAGAGUUUCCAUUCUAGCAGACGUGAAACAUUAGAAAAUCGUUUUUCGUAACGUUGAACUCAUUUUCUUGAAACAAUAGUUCGAGUUUUUUCGAAAAUGCGGCAGAAAAGUCCAUAUUAACAGAUGGCGCGAAAAUUAUUCGAGUUGUAUAUGAAUGUGUACUACACAAUCAAUGAACAAUGAUAGAAAAAGAGUGAAAAAGUAAAAGUUUGAAAUAACGGCGCAAAACGAUUUGGCGCAAACGGACUCGGCGCAAAAGAAAGCGGCGUCUGCAUACACGCGACGGCGCAUUGCGGACUUGUGCUCAAUUUGAACGGCGCUCUUGGAAUCGGCGCUUUUGUCCUACACUCAAAAAAAUGAACAAAUCAAAAUGAAAUAUAUAUUCUUUGAAGCAAGAACCCCUGCCGGAGACGACUUCGGCUCAAACGAAAGCCUGAAGCCGCCAGAAUUCGAAAGAAGCUUUUCCCUAAUAUCCGGCAAGAGUUUCUCAACAAAUACUGCGAGAUUGGAGCCCAGUGACAAGACCGCCAGGAUUAUCGAGCCGGAAAAUGAACGAAAAAGUACAAGGAAAAGUAAAACAGAGCUUCUACCAACCGCCGUGAAGAAGUCCUCGACGGAGUUGAGGUCGAAAAAGUCGAAAGAAAAGGACGAAGAUCACGUGGAGGAGUUUGACAGAAGAGAGAAGGAAAUCGAUAAUCUUUCUGUCGUGGUUCGGUUUUUAUGGGUCUGGUUGUACUUUAAGGAUCGAAACUGUGAAAGUGAAAAAUAUAUAUAGUCAAUCCUUCCCGACUUGAAACGAGGAAUGGGAAGUGGGACGCGUUGCGUGUGCGACGCGGCUUUUUAGCAUGACCUAUUUCCAUGCUUUUCUCCUUUUUUGAAUGUUCAUUUAGUAACCUUUGAAUUAUUUUUAGUUGUGAAAAAAACAUUUAUUUGAAAACUAAAAUAUAAAAAGUAUUACACGGCGUUUUUUUGACGACGCCACGCCCACUUUUUCUCCGUAAAGUGUCGUGUGUCGUGUGCAUGCACUCUUGCGGAAAAUUGCGUUUCUAUAGAGAAAUUUCGAUUCGUCUUAAAGACCUCUUGCAAUACGGCGGCCUGCGCCUUUAAUAUGCCCUUUAUUUUCGUUCUUAGAGCCGAAAUCUCUGCCGUUUCAAUGACGUCACGUGGGAACGGUGGAUAUUUUGGCUCGGCCCAUCGUUUUUUUGGUUUUCCAUUUUCUUCCACUUACGAAAAAGCCGGGUUGUUAGAAGAAGAAAAGAAAGGCGAAACCAAAAACACGAUGGGCGGAGCCAAAAUAUCCGCUGUUCCCACGUGACGUCAUGGGAACGCCAGAGAUUUCGGCUCUAAGAACGUAAAUAAAAGGCAUAUUAAAGGCGCAAGCCGUCGUAUUGCCAGAGGUCUUCAAGACGAAUCGAACUCUCACUAAAGGAAAUUUAUCUGCGCGAAAGCGGCGCAGUGCACGCACACGACACACGACACUUUACGGAUGAAAAUAACGCCGUGAAUGAAAAUUUUUCCAUGAUUCCGUUUGAACUUGAGCUCUACGCUAAAACCGCGUUGCGUACGCAACGCGUCACUCUUUUUCAAAUUUUAAAACUUUCGAGUAUCGGUUUUUCAAAGCAAAUAGUCGUAAAUGAAACAGUCUGACCUGUCUGCGCUCUCUUUUCCCUCAUCCGGGAGGUCGUGAAAAUGUGAAAAGAGCACUUUGAAAGGAGAGUCGUUAUUUGCCAAAACUCGACAAAUUACCUUCGUUUUUGCUUCUUUCAUGUUCCUUUGAACACUAGGGUGAGAGAAAAGAGGGCAUAGACAGGUCAGACGAUUUGAACUUGUGACGAAUGAUAUUAGAAAAAAGAUGCACGAAGUUUAAUUUAAUUUUUCAAAAGAUAAUUUAGAUCCUCAGAAGACCGAAAUUUUUUUGCCUUGAUUUUAACUUUUUCUGACCGCAUGUAGAAUGGCUAAACGUGCUACGGUUGAAGUUAAAAACUCAAAAUGUGCAUUAGACUUCUUUUAGACCUUUUAUGUAGCCAAAGAGUUUUAGAAACAUGAAACAUAUUGAAGAAAUCAGACUUUUUCGUCUCAUGACGAAUAAGUUAUUCUGAAUGAAAAUAUACCAAAAAACCGAUUAAAAACAUGUUUCAGCUCAAAAGCUACGCCGUGAGGAAAUGCGUACAAGGCGUAACGAUUGGUGGACCGGCUUUUCCGACUCUGGCCGAUCUUCUCGCUUUCUACAUCUUCUCUGGAGAGGUUGGUACACUCUUUGAAGUACCAAAAGAAGGUACUAAGAGCCUCUAACUUUAAACUUUGAUAGUUAUCGAGAAACAGGGGUUCAAAGCCCAAAAAUAGUCCAUUUCAGUAGAUUUUGAGGGUUUUCUUUCUCAAAAACUUGGAAGGUUUGCAAGUUGAGACUUCCAGGACCUUCAUGUGGUACUUCUUUUCAGAGAAAUCCCAGCCGUAAAGUAAAAAUGACCUUCCUUGUUGGAAGACCGGAAAAUCCAAGUUUUAGGACCUUACUGACAACAGAACUAUGUUUGAUCUCCGUUUGAUAAUUCGAAAAAAAAUAUUUUAUGACUCCUAUAAUUAUUCAAAAAAAGAAAAAAUUUAAAGAUUUAGGAAUUUCAGAGUGGUCUCUAUAGUGGUCAGGAGGGAAAACAGCCCUUUUAGGGGCCGAAAAAGUGGUCCUUAUAGGGAUAGUUCAAUUUUGUUCAAGAAUGGUUAAAUUUUCGUUUUUCGCCUGGAAAGGCUUCUUCGCAGAGAGUCCAUAAAAAUUAUCGACUGGCAUGUCCCCUAUAGGGAACACUUUUGGAAUAUUUAGUGGCCCCUAGAGGGGACCGAGCUCAAUUAACGCUUUUUCUCCAUUUUUAAUGGUUUUUGCGGUUUUCGAAGCUUAAUAAAUCGAAAAAAAAUAUAUUCUUGGACACGUUUUUUUGAAAAAAGGCGUUCCUGAAGAUCAUUAAAAACAAGUUUCUUCGAAAUUUCAACCGGGGCUAGAAAAUAGUUGACUUGUAAGUAAAAUUCAAUCGAAUUCUUAAUAUUUGACCUUAAAAUUUCCCUUGUUGGCGAAAGUCGGCUUGAGUCGGGCGCAGUAGAUAAUAGGUGAAAAUGUGAAGAGAAUGAAUGCGAUAACUGGCGACUAUUGAAAAAUUCAAAAUUGACAUUUUGAGCCGGAAGCGAGAAGAAUCGGCCUGAAAAGAUCAAUUCCUCGACGGAUCGGCCAGUGGCGACAUCAGAAUAUCAAAUUGACUAAAGCGGUUGAAAAAAAAGGAUUUCAAAAAAUAAAAAUGAAAUUCAGAUUCAUUCUGGUCCCGAGUGUGAAGUUUUCCACGCAACAGUUAAUUCACCAUACUUUCGACUCACUAAAGUGGCGGUUAAAAAGGUUUUUUUCGCUACAAGUUGAACUUUUCUGGCCGCAUUUGGAAUGGCUGAACGAGUUGAAAUCUGGAAUUUCUUUCUUUUUCAGUUAUUCAGAUUUUUUUGCGUUAUUAUAACGAAAAAAAGAGGUUCAAAAAUUUAAAAAAAUGAUUUUUUAAAGCGAGUUUGAGAGAUCCAUCAUUUUCAUGUUUCAGGAAGAUUUUAUAAAAUUUUUAAGUUUUUCUUAAUUUUUUUGUCUAAUGUUUCUUCGAGCCUAUUUGUAAAGAAGUAAAAAAAUAAUUUUUUUAUGGAAUUUCGGUAAAAUUUUUCCUUCAAAGAGACAUUUCAGCCCUAUCUUUAACGCAACUUGAAAAUUGUCCGGCCGCAAUUGGAAUGGCUUAACGCGUUGCGGUUGUCAUUUGCUAACUUUUCUGGUCGCAUUUGGAAUGGCCUAACGAGUUGAAAUCUGGAAUUUUUUUCUUUUUCAGUUAUUCGGAUUUGCGUUAUUAUAACGAAAAAAAGAGUUUCAAAAUUUAAAAAAAAUUGAUUUUUGAAGCUAGUUUGAGAGAUCCAUCAAUUUCAUGUUUCAGCGAGAAUUUAUAAAUUUAUUCAAGUUUUUUUUUUUUAAAUGUUGUCCGAUUUUUGUGCUAGGCAAUCUAAACUUCAAAACUGGAAAUACAGUAACCCCUAUAGCCAAUUUCUACAGUAUUAAUAUUCACUUUUUUCGAAAUUUGGUAAAAAUUUUCCUUCAAAGAGACCUUCUCGUCCACAAUUUUUCAGUGAAACUUGUAAAAGUUUUCUGACCGCAUUUGGAAUGGCUUAACGCAAUGUGGUUGUCCAAAUAUUAAUAUUUUUUAGCUUGAAACAAAUAGUUUUAACUUGGAACAGAAAUUUGAUGCCACCAGCCUACAAGGGGGGGGGGGGGAUGUUUCAGCGAGGAUUUAUAAAUGUUAGGUUUUUUUUUCCAUGAGUUCAUGCCUUCUUCCGCUUUGCAAUCUUUUAUCAACCCAAAACUACAAUAACUGGGAAAAUGUUUAGUGGCCACUAUAGGGGCUCGCCAAGGACUACCUGGAGAGGACACUAAAGUGGCCACUAAACCCACCUCUAUAGUGGCCACUGUGUUCCGUUUUAGUGGCCACUUCAGUAGUUUUUCAUCCAGUAUUCCUUCCAGUAACUCUGAUAAUUAAAAAAAAACAGAUUGGACCAGUUAUGUUGAUCCAUUGACCCCUAAAGUGGCCACUAAAAUUUUUAGUGGUCUAAUAGUACCAUUCGGAAUUUCAAAAAGGCCAUUAAUUUGACUACUAUAGUGGCCACUGAAACGUCCAAAUCCUAUAGUGGCCACUAAAAGUUUUCCCAAUUGGAUUUGCGUUUCCCGCAUAAAAUUCGAGUUUCAAAGCCUUCACUCUUUCAAUUUCUAAUACCGGAGCGCGCAAGUCGUUUUUUGGUCGGGUGCACUUUGUCAAUGACCGCUGCGCAGCCGCAACGCCCCGAGCCAUUCCCAUGCCGUUCAUUUUACAAAUUCUUCCACAUAAUUUUUUUCACUCUGAGCUGUUCCGAUCUCUAUUAUAAAUUAUCAAAAAAUGCACUUUGUAUCGAAAAAAAAUAGAGCCAUUUUUUUCCAGGCAAAAGAAGGGACUCCCGAGUACAAACAUCACGUUGAAUUUUUGAAAGAUGAGGCCCGAAUCCUGAAAAAAUUGAGCCAUGAUCACAUCUUGCCAUUUUACGGCUGGGCAAUCGACAAGAAUCCGUUCCUGUUCCUCACAAAACUCAUGGAUUGUGAGUUUGGAAAAAUACCAUAUUUGGCGAAAAUUUGAACAACUUGCGUUCUUUGCAUCGCUUUAACUUGCGUGAAGUGACUUCUUAAGCGACUUUCUAUGAACCUUAGAAAAAAAAAACGAAAGCUUCUUUCAGAGUUCCAAAAAAGCCCAAAAAAAUUCCUCAUGACCGCAUAAUUUUCACUUUUUCAUGAAAAAAAGAACCUUUUUAUGGGCUUCUGAUUUAAUUUUUCUCUAGAUAACUUCUUCCGAAAACUCUCAUCUCUUUUUUAAAAAAACCUUUUUCAAAAAAAAAUUAUGAAAAGACGCUUUUAAAGCUUCUUUAUCCGCCCUUUUUAAUUUUAUCCAUCUAUUUUUGUGUGCUUUUUCAUCCACACGGUGAGAGAAAAGAGAGCGCAGACCGGUCAGAAAGUUCCAAAUGAAAGUCCAAAAAACAUGUUUUUUCUGUUAAAAAAUCAUGAAAAAGCGCUAGGAAAGUCGUUUUUGAAGUUCUUUUUUAGGGCCUUUCCAAGUUUAUCCAUUUAUUUUUCGUGCUUUUUUUCAAGUUUUUAUGACCUAGAGGUUAGAGAAAAGAGAGCGCAGACAGGUCAGAGUGUAUCAAAUCACAGUGACUAGAGUAUAAUAAGGAUUUCGGUGAUUUUCAGGUACCUUGGACGAUUUUGUCCAGCGCCAUUUUGUUAGCCUCACUACGCGCCGAUUGCUUACCGUACGAUUUUUCAAAAAUUAUAUACUAAAUUGGCAUAAAAACAUGAUGAACAACUCAGGAACGUCAGAGUGGUCACUAGAGGAGGUAGGGAAAAAAAAAUCUCGUAUAUAGGCAAAAUAUUGCUCCCUAAAGGGCUAUAAUUAAGGUGGUCCCUAUAGAGAUUUAGGAUCUGACCCCUCAGCUCCUGAAGUCUAAGUGGUCCCUAUAGGGGUCUUUUGCUUUUUUUCGUUUUGAUUAGAAAAUUUGAAGUUUGAAAAAGACGGCAUUUAAAAAAAAAGGGAAAAUAAACUUUUUAAAUUUCCAAUCUUUUUUUUAGUAUGAAAACGUUCAACCUUUUCCAAUGGUUUUAUAAAAUUAUCCCAUUUUUCAAGUUUGUCGUUGGAAUCGCCCAAGCUGUUCAAUAUCUUCACGAAAAAAGCUUUUUGCACCGAGAAGUUAUCGCAAAGAAUUGUUUCCUUGAUGAAAGUGGCAAGGUGAGAGGAUCCUUCGCACCUUGAUUUUUAUAGUUUUUAUCACGAAUUUCAGUGCUACCUUGGCGGAUUCCGAUUGGCUGUCGAAGAAAAAGCCUACGUAAUGCUGGAAGAAGAGUUUCUGGUCUUGAGGUCGAUGGCUCCAGAAACGUUGGGAAUGUUUUGUUUUGUCCCCGCCUCGGAUGUGUACACUUUUGGGGUCAGUGUCGGUGCUACGACAAGAGCGAGUUUUCCUCUUGCUAAGAGUACUGUAUGUGGUAGUCCGCAUUUGGGCGUCUGAGUGCAUGCACACUUCAAAGGGGUCCUGUUCUCGCGUUUUUUUUUUUCCAUUAUUUUUCGAAAUAUUUAGUUUCAGUUUUAUAAAAAGUCAUUAUGUUGAAAUCCGAUUCAACUGCUUCCUUAAGUUUUAAUCCGUUUCCAUAAAAUUUAGAACGAAACUCAAAAAAAGAUGAACCACGCGCAAAGUGCAAACACCCAAAGUGCACGAGCCAAAUGCGGACUUCCACAUACCGUACUCUUCCCAAGAGGUGAAUUCGCUCUUUUUGCACCUCAGUAUCAUUUUUUUUUUCGAAAAAAAAGAAGAUUAAACGUUUCUGGAACUGAUAGAAUGAGAUACGGAAAUUAAUGCAAAAAAAAAGUGAUCCCGGUGAUUUCAAAAUUAACGUUGAAAUUACUUUCAAAAUACGCAAAAUUCAAAUUUCGGGAGUCUUACAGAAAUCUGGGUCUUACAACGAUUUUUCGUUUUUUGAGAUUUAAACUUACUUUUAGCAAAAUGAACAAAUAGCUUUAAAAUAUGGAAUUUAGAGUUGUGAAAUCGCCAUCCAUCUAAUUUUUCUGACGGCUCUCAAAAUGCCAGUUUCGCGUAUUUCGCGAAAUCAUCAUCAUGAAGAUAGAUUUCUACCUUAGUUUCUAUGUUUUUUUGAAAAUUGACCAGAAAUUUUCUUCGAUUUGCACGAGAAGAAAAAAUGAAAACAUGCAUAACUUCCCAGUUUCUGAUUUAUUUUUUAUUUUUUAUUUUUUUUUUUUGACUAAUGGUUCCAGGGAUUCUGUAGGUUCUCUUCUAAAUAUGGGCAUGUUCUAAAACACGAGCGGUUGUGGGGCACGAGCGGCACGACCGUUACUAAAUCACGAGCGGUUUCAUCUUCGCUCCUUCGCGAACGCUUCUAAAUCACGAGCGUUUUUGGCUUAUCGUUCUGUUCGAGCGUUUCUAAAUCGCGAGCGUUUCAUUUUAAUCAUUUUCUUUAUUACCAUCCAAGUGUGUGUUUUUUCAUAUUUCUACCUUCUUUUUUUCUCCUUGAAUAAAAAAAUUUUGACGAUCUUAUAUGCACAUUUUUUUCGCUCAAUUUGUUGAUUGAUUCACAUUUGAGGUUCAUAUAAUGGAUUUUUUUCUAAGUUUUUUUGCGGUCUCUAUAAUUUCACAGAUUCUGCGUAUGGCAAAUUUUUUUCUAAUAAUUUCAUCUGAUUUUUCAUAUUCAAUAUUUCACAGAUUUUUGCGUAUGAUAAACUAAUAUUUCACAGACGUCUCGCAUGAAAGUCAAUAUUUCUCAAAUUUUUGCGUAUAGCAAAUUUUUCUAAUACUUUCUCUCAAAAUUUUUUUCUGGUAAUAGAAUCUCAUAUUCGAAUUGAUGCCAUUCAUAUUUUUAUUCUCCUCUUACCCGCUAGAAUAGUUUUUGGAGAUACUACCAAAAAAAUUUAUUCGUUUCCAAGCUUUGAAAAAUAUUUAUCAUGAAACGAGAAAAAAAAAAAUACGAAAUUUACGAAGUAUCAAAAAUAAAUUAAUAACCGUAGCGAAUGAAUGAAAUAAAUGCCAUAAGCGUCUGGUGGUUCAUCGGUGAAUGACAGCCGUAUAACGAAACAGAUUGGAAAAUGAAAAUAUAGAAAAAAGGAAAUCAAUGUAUAAAUCAGAGUUUAUAUGCAAUAACAGGGGGCUUCCUGUAAGCAGGUGAAAUUGAAAAAAAAUAAUUCUCCUCACUGGAUCCCGCGCAGAACGUUCAGGGGAACUUUUUCUAACAUCCGAAAAAAAUUCGCCCUCAACAUAUGGCUGAUCCGAAAAAGAAUUAAUCUCAUCGAGGUGAACACCGAUGAUGUUUUUGGUUCUCUGAAAGAUAAUAAUAAUUUUUCCGCAUCCGUUAAAUUUUUCUAUAAUUUUCGAUUACCAUCAGUCGAUUUUUUUCUUUUUAAUUCAGUUGUAGAUCGUGUGGAAUUCAUACUCGUGUCGCGGAUUUCCCCUUAAAGUGAUUUUUUUGAUACAUGUUAAAAAAACUUGUAAUUAGUAACCCACCUUCUUCAAGACUCAGGUAUGAAAGUUCGACAAUGGAAUCUGAAACAUCCAAAUUAUAUGAGAAAAAACCUCAAUAUACCAUCCAUUGGCUCCAAAAAAUCAUCCGGAAAAUCUUCGGGCGGUGUGUAAUUGCUUUAAAAAACUAUCAGUGAGAAGGCAGGGAAGAAACUUACGACAUAGUGGGCUUCGGACGAUAACCAGAAAAUGCAGCAAGCUCCCGUUGUUCCAGAAAAUGCAGCAAGCGGCCUGUUACUAAAUUUUAUAAUUUCGUAUUAUAAUUCCGCCCAAACAGCGCUUAUAAAAUGACUAUACUAGCUAGAUUUUUUUUUGCAAGAAAACACAGAUGAGAAUCAGAGAAAAAGUUCAUAUUUUUUAAUUUGUCAUAAGCAAAAUCUGAGAAAUAUUGACUUUCAUGCGAGACAUCUGUGAAAUAUUAGUUUAUCAUACGCAAAAUCUGUGAAAUAUUGAAUAUGAAAAUCAGAUGAAAUUAUUAGAAAAAAAAUUUGCCAUACGCAGAAUCUGUGAAAUUAUAGAGACCGCAAAAAAACUUAGAAAAAAUCCAUUAUAUGAACCUCAAAUGUGAAUCAAUCAACAAAUUGAGCGAAAAAAUGUGCAUAUAAGAUCGUCAAAAAUUUUUUUAUUCAAGGAGAAAAAAAGAAGGUAGAAAUAUGACACACACUUGGAUGGUAAUAAAGAAAAUGAUUAAAAUGAAACGCUCGCGAUUUAGAAACGCUCGAACAGAACGAUAAGCCAAAAACGCUCGUGAUUUAGAAGCGUUCGCGAAGGAGCGAAGAUGAAACCGCUCGUGAUUUAGUAACGGUCGUGCCGCUCGUGCCCCACAACCGCUCGUGUUUUAGAACAUGCCCUAAAUAUGGAAGGACACGAAAAAGUGAAAGAAAAAUGGAAGUCUGGCCUAGCCAACUUUUAAAAACCUGGUUGCUAUUAGAAAUAUUUUAAAUGGAGAAAAAAGUUGCUUCGAAGGAACCGAAAAAUUUUCGAAGUUUAUUUUUUCAAAUUCUUAGGCAAAGUCAGAGAACCCUUCACGGGCCUCUUGAGGGUCCGUUAUGGGUCCAAAAGGUUCAUUAAUUGUUCCUAAAAAGGGUGGAAACGGUUUCCUUUUUACUGCCUUUUUGCGUCCUUUUAUCGGCCUUCAGCCACCCUUUUUGGACCCUUUUUGAGAAACAAAAAAACUUUUUAAAUUUAGAAAAGAAAAUUUUUUUCCUCUUUUUUUCUGCAACUGUUUUAUAGUUUUUUUCAAAGGAAAUAUUCAACAAGAAAUUCGAGAUAAGGGAUUUUUUUACGGAGCUGUUCAGUCAAUAAAAAAAUUUUUUUAAAUUUUUCAACAAAAAGCCAAAGUUUUGCAGAAUUUACUUUUUCGAGGUGUUUUCUGGUGGUCAUGUCCCUUACCCGGGCAAAACUAGCGCUGAAGCUGGAAAUUUGGUCUUUUUCAGCUUCAUUCAUGAAUAAUUUGAGCCGAUUUCCAGAUUUUAUCCGGUAAAACGAACGAUUUGACGGAUCGGACCCCAAGAAUCUUGCGAAAUUUUAUCAAAGAACAUAUUUGGGCCUAUUCGACCGCUGAUAGACCUUCUAUGAAUAAAGUGACAAAUUUUAUCAUUAAAUAAAAUUUGAAAGAAAAAAUUCAGGUUGUGAAAGUAUUACAAAAACAGUUGGAGGUGGAAAAUACGAAGGUUUUUCAAAUUCAUGAUUUUAUAAUUUUUUUGAAAUUUAGAAAAUCAAAAUAAAUAAUGAUUCGGAUCUCAGUGAGAUGGACGAACCUCAAGAUGUCGUGGUAAUUGAAAAUUCGAAUAUUCAAAACUAAAAAUAAAUAUUUUCAGAAUAAGUACAUUUUCAAGCCGGAACUGCACAAAAAGAGCAGAACUGAGGUAUUUUGAAUGUUGGAAAAAAUAGCCGCAGCUUUGGGAGCAAUCGCGCUCCAUUGAUAAUUGGACAUUUUCAUGUUUUUGAUGGGUUUGCAUUUUCGGUAACGCAAACCGGACGCUUCCGGGACGUUUCUGACCAUUUCUAGUGACCACUUUAGUGGCCUCAGCACUCUUUUUAUUCUAGGGACCACUACAGCGGCCACAGAAAUUGUUUCUUAGUGGCCACUUAAGCACUGUCAGCGCUUUUUCCUUUCAAUAGUUACCACUUUAGUGGUUUCAGCGUUCUUCUUUUCGAGGGAUCACUUAAGUGGCCACAGCCCUCUUUUUCCAAGUGACCGCUGUAGCGUUCUUCAUUCUAGUGAUGAUUUUAGUGGCCUCAGCACCCUCAAGUGAUCCGUAGAGGUGCUUGGACACGUCCAAGGUGUAAACGUUUCAGUUACCAAGGUCUUCAGUCGAAUAAGAAUCUCCCGACUUUCAAUUUCUCAAUAGAGCGCGAUUUCUUUUUUCCCCGCUUAAACUACUCAUUUUUCUCUUUUCAGGACUAUAUCACUGAAUUGAAACCGAUAAGAAGCGAUAGAAUUUGA